AUGAUUCAAUACGAUUUAGCACAUACUAGCACCAACAAUUUUAGAGAUAAAAAUUAUGAUUUAUACCGAAUCAGACAGACGCCCCGUAAAUUGAUGACGAACAGCACAAUUUCAUUAACGAGCGAACCUUCACCCAAUUUGAAUACCGACGGGUUGUCGAAUACAUCUAACGAAGAUAGCAAUAUUGUCAUUACAAUGAUUAACGAUAAUAUAGAGAAUAACGAGAGCGGGAGUGCCAUGAAUGGGGAUACCAAGAGCAAUAUUAGCCUGAAGGUGUCAAAGAAUAACCAGAAUAAUUGUCGUCUCAACCAACGCGAUUCAUCGACACCUACAUCGUACAAGGCUUCACAUUCAGAAGUGUCAGAUUCUACCAAUGACACAUCGCCGUCAUCAUUGGAGGAGAAUAGGACACCAAAACCAGCUCGUAAGACUACCACGGGUAUUAACAAUAUGCGGGCGGAAUUAGUCGAUGGUCCUAAAGAGCCGAUUAUUAUUGAGCAUUUGCAUUCAGUCGGCGUCGAUCCUUUAGAAGUGAUAGACCCCGCAAUUUCUGAAAACAACUUUGUGAAGGGAAAUAGGACGAGUAAAAAUCCAGAGAAAUCAUUACAUAGCACAGUGAGGGAUGAAACCUUGUCAUAUAAUACUGGCAGAAGACAUACAACUCCCCAUUCCACUGCUCUGAGAGAUUCCGCUGAUUUAGCUUUCAGGCAUUCUUUAGAUAAACCAUCAUCGCGUCCUAUAGCCCGCAGCACAUUCCCAUCUUAUAAUAGAAGGAAAGCUACAAGCACUGAUACGGUUGGAAAUACAUAUGCACAUGAUUCAACUAGUUCAGAGAUUAAUAGGAUGAAAAAUUCUCUUCUAGUACAAAGAAACAUGAAAAAGAAAAGAAACAUACUAGAAGAUGAAAAAGUACUUGUUGGAAAUAAAAUUAGUGAGGGGCAUGAGAAUUUUGUUAUGGCAUACAAUAUGUUGACCGGGAUUAGAGUUGCAGUUUCUCGUUGCUCAGGUAUAAUGAAAAAUUUAGAUGAUCAAGACUUUCGAACAACAAAGAAGUUAUCAUUCAACAUGGACGGAAGUGAGUUAACUCCUUCAUCAAAAUAUGAUUUUAAAUUUAAAGAUUACUGUCCUGAAGUAUUUAGGAGUUUGAGAUCUAUGUUCGGAAUUGAUCCGGCUGAUUAUCUUAUCUCAGUAACCGGGAAAUACAUUUUAUCUGAGUUAGGUUCACCUGGUAAAAGUGGGUCUUUUUUUUAUUAUUCGCGAGAUUAUAGAUUUAUCAUUAAAACAAUUCAUCAUGGGGAACAUAAACAAUUAAGAAGAAUAUUAAAGGAUUACUAUAAACACAUAAAAGAAAAUCCAAAUACUUUGAUUUCACAAUUUUAUGGUUUACAUAGGGUUAAGAUGCCAUUUAAUAAAAGUGGUAUAAAAAAGGUACAUUUCAUAGUGAUGAAUAACUUGUUUCCUUCCCAGAGAGAUAUUCAUGUAAAGUAUGAUUUAAAGGGAUCAACGUGGGGUAGAAAAUAUGAAGUACCUGAAAAACUGCAAAGCUUGGCGAACUUUACUUUGAAAGAUCUUAACUGGCUUGAACGAAACGAUAAAAUAAAGUUUGGGCCGGAGAAGAGAAAAUUAUUUUUUGAACAACUUGAGAAAGACGUAAAAUUAUUGCAAAAGAUUAAUGUAAUGGAUUAUUCGCUCUUAUUAGGAAUUCAUGAUGUCAAGAUGGGAAAUAACACCGACACUAUUCAAAGAUUGUCUAUCUUCGAUCCAAAAUCGACAGAUAAAUAUGAUUUGAUAAAUACAAAUCCCAGAGACAUUGAUAUUGCAAAUGAUCUUCCAAAUAAUUUAUAUCCUGGCAGGUUGAAAUAUAUAUUCUACGGACAUGAUGGUGGUAUUAGGGCUACAAAUGAAUUGAAUGAACCUUUAGGUGAAAUAUAUUAUUUAGGUAUUAUUGAUUGCUUGACUAACUAUUCCCUUAAAAAGAGGUUAGAAACUAUGUGGAGAUCGAUAGGCCAUUCAAGAAGUACUAUAUCAGCGGUACCUGCCAAAGAAUAUGGUGAUAGAUUUUUGAAAUUUAUUAAAGAUGGUACUACUAAUAUCAAAACUAAAAUAAAAUGA